ACAUCUUGCGCCCUCAUCCCGACGACUCCAACGACGGACGACGACGACUUCGCCGCUGAACGACAAAGUGGAAUUCGCCGCCCUCGAUCCAAUUCCCCGACCGUCACGAUGAUCGCUCAACGAGUUGGCGUCGCCGCCCUCCGCCGAGGCGCGGCCAAGCCUUUCUUCGCCCAGACCCUGCCCAAGGUCGCUCUGGCAGCUGGCAUGUCGACGACUCCCACCCGACCCGCCGCCGCCACCAACAAGCUCAGCCUCGAGGAGGGCCAGCAGGUCCUUGUCAACCAGCGCCUGAACCGUCCCAUCUCCCCCCACCUGGGCAUCUACAAGAUGGAGCAGACCUGGUUCGGCGCAUCUGCCUGGACCCGUAUCACCGGCUGCACCCUCUCCGGCGCCAUGUACGCCUACAUGGCCGCGUACGUCGCCGCUCCCCUGGUCGGCCUGCAUAUCGAGAGCGCCAGCGUCGCCGCCGCUUUCGGCAGCCUGCCGUUUGCCGUCAAGGGCGGUCUCAAGUUCGCCCUUGGCUUCCCCUUCGCCUUCCACUUCUUCAGCGGCGUGAAGCAUCUGGCCUACGACAUGGGCAAGGGCUUCGCCAAGUCUUUCGUCAUCAAGUCCGAAAAGAUCCUCUGGGGUGCCAGCAUUGUUGGUGGAUUGAUUCUCGCUUUCUUUGUGUAAAACCUAUAAACUGGAUGGGAGGGAACAAUGGUGAAUUAGAUACCAUGGGUCAACAUAAUUGACAAGCGACGAUGUUCAGAACGAAAGGCUGUUCAGUUCCUCAUCCAGUCCGAUGCAGCUGCGCAGCUUGUAAAACAUUCUGUGUAUUUACCAAAUUCUUUUAUUUUAUCUGUCAUCGUGUCAAUGCCAAAACGCAAAAUGAAAGGCUCGCUCCAGAUCCCACUCACCUAUUCACAGUUAAUCCGAAGUAAUCGAAUUGCAACAGCCAUGCACUUAACUGUCGGCCCAUCUGUCAUAACGCGGAGUUGCUCUCUUGAACUCCAUACCACCAAUUACUCUCUGGAGAAAAGAAAUUGAUAUCCUUUGACGACCC